AUGUUGUCGUCGCAAGAGAAGCAAACAAAGUCUCCACGAGCUAGAGCCGAAGCUGAAGCCGAAGUCGAAGCCGAUAAUUUAAGCUCCGGUUCCGAGCCUAAAUUCCUUGGAAGCAACAACUUGGUCGAGCACUUUGGAAAUAACAACCAAUUUGAGCACCACGCAAUUUUAGCUCGUCUCCCACCAAAUAAUUCUUUCACCGACCCCACUAACGACAACACCGAAGACGAAAUGCGCGCAAACGAAGCGAUGAAGUUUCUCCAAGAAGAGUUAAAGCAAGGACGUAAAGAGCGAGAGCAAGAGCGUGAAGACGAACUACGAGCAGACGAAGUGAUGAAGGUUCUCCAAGAAGAGCUAAAGCAAGGACGUAAAGAGCGAGAGCGAGAGCGAGAGCAAGGACGUGAAGAGCGAGAGCGAGAGCAAAAGCAAGGACGUGAAGAGCGAGAGCGAGAGCGAAGCCGAUUCUUCUUCAUCACUACGCUGGGCUUUCUUCUUCUGCUCUUACUUCUGGGCUGGGAGAGAUAUAUUGGAUACCGUUAUUAAACUUGUCAAUUACGCGCCUAUUCACGUUCUCAAUUUCGAAAGUAAUAUUAACAAGUCUAUCCAGGGUCACUUUAUCUUCCGAUACAACGCUGCCGGUCCUUCGACGGUAGUAUUAAAGAUAAUAUCGGGUGGUAGAGGCAAGGCAAAGCAUGGUAUGGCGUUUUGAAUUGGUGAC